UCAAUGCCAUUCGUUCAGCAGUCCAUCAGUUGAAAAAUGGCUCAACGGACGUGGCAUAUGUUUACGAUAUUAACUUUAAUAUUUACAGUUUUAUCACUUGUUGGUGAUGUUUUAUCAACAACGGCGGCGCCAUGGUAUGAAAACUUACCGGCGGUCACUAUGGAUUAUAAAGUUCACAUAGACGCUGGUAAAGAAGAUUGUUAUUUCCAGUAUGUCCAACCGGGUGCUACAUUCUACGCCAGUUAUCAGGUUUUGAAAGGUGGCGAUGGUAUGUGUGGGUUUGCCGUACGCCAUCCUAAUGGUCACAUAGUGCACCCGUACGAGUGGAGGCAGAGCGCGGAGUACGCAGACCAGUCGUCAACGGGCGGCUACUAUGCCGUGUGUAUCGACAACCAGUUUUCGAGAUUCGCCGGGAAGCUGGUCAACCUGUACCUAUCGGUGAUAAGAUAUGACAUGUGGGAGAAAUAUGCGAAAGAAGUGGAAGAGCUGGAUAUGAAUAUAAAGAAUUUCACUAGUGCUAUACAAUUUGUAGAGAGGAAUAUAAAUGACAUCUUGCAGUACCAGUAUCACUCCAGAGCACGGGAGUCUAGAGAUUAUAAUUUGCUACAAGAUAAUAAUACUUAUGUACUUAGAUGGUCGUUGGUACAAAUAACGGCCAUAGCGGCGACAGCAACACUGCAAGUGUAUUUUGUAAGAAAACUAUUUGACGUGAAGGAGAAUUCUUCCAAGACCAGAAUAUGAUUUGAACUGCAUCUUUAACAAGAUCAUCUAUGAAUUGUUAUCUCGCCAAUCAAGUGACUGAAUUUAUAAAUUCCAUUUUGUUCUCUACUUACUUUCUCUAAUUGAAUCUUGCGAUCUCUUUAUUAAUGACUCAUGUAUGAGCUUGUGAUUGAAGCAUAAUAUUAAGGGAUACGGAAUAAUGAAAAGACAUUUUAUAAGGUACACAAUAAAAAUCAAUUUGUCAGUGUUAUGUUUAAGUAGACGAUGUUUUUAUGUUUAUAAGUUGUAUAAAUAUUUUUGCUUCAAGUAAUCUUUGUUAUGUGAUAUUGGUUUCUAUUUAGGCGCAUCCACAGCGAGACAUUCUGUCAGAAUUCAAACAAAUAUAAAAUAU